GUACAUCUCGUUCUCCGACACUCUGAGGCAAUAAUUUGCAACACAGCCAUUCAUGGAAGCAUGAGUGACGAUGCUACUGGACGCGGGCCACAGUCGCUGUUAAGCGAGUUCUACCACCGCUUCAAUGGAUAUGUCCAUUCAGUCGAGACUGCCCUUGCGAAUCCGACAGAUUCGACAGUACUCGAGCGCCUUGGAGAUGAUCUCAAUCAGUUUGGGCAGCUCGUCACCGAGCAUGCAGCGACAUUCCCUCCAGGUGAACUGGGCCACAUUCAAAAUGGUGUCGGUCUUAUGCUGAUCACAAUCGACCCGACUUGGCUAGAGUGGGCAUAUCAGCAUCGUUCGAUUGCAGGCCUCGCUCGUUUCUUGAAUGUCGGGCGAUCAACAGUCCGCAAUGCUCUACUGGAAUACCAGAUCGCCGAACCUCAGCAAAAUCCCUUCCCCACAUCUGAUCUCUCGGCCGAACCAAUCCAGGUGUCGGAAGAUGAUCACGAUGACCUACUAGACCCGAUUCUCCCUGAAGCCUUAGCUCACAUGGAUGGGCCUGCUAUGAUGGGCGAUGGCCAAUAUGCGGAUCAUAUCUCGUCUUUUACCGGUCCUUUAACCCUCCUGACCGAUGCCCAGCUUGAUGACCUCCUCAAGCAGCUUCGCAUGCAUUAUCCCCGUGCAGGCAUCACGAUGCUGGAUGGAAUGCUGCGACAGCUCGGCCACCGUGUACCUCGUCAGCGAAUACGAUCUUCCCUUUCCCGCAUUGACCCUAUCCACCGGACCUUUGAGCGUAUUCGCAUACGACGCCGAAAAUACAAGGUGGCCGGUCCAAAUGCAUUAUGGCAUCAUGACGGCCAGCAUGGUGUGAGCAUCCACAAUGUUCGCAUCGAGCGUCUCUGGGUCGAUGUCACUGCACAAGUCGGUGCAAAGUGGGCGGAAUUUUUCACGACACUCGAGGUUCAUUAUGGCCUUGAUCUCAACAACGACAAUCACAUCUGGCUCCUACAUCUGCUCUUCCUCGAUCGCAUCAAUGACGAGCUUGCCUUCUUCGCUGAUGGUUGGAACCACCACCGAAUCCAAAUCCGAGAUGGGCCCAAUCGCUCGCCCAUAGACAUGUUCGUCUUCGACAUGCUCGUUCAUGGAGUACGUGGAGAUCAAUUGCCCGAUGAAGCUCAGACUAUGGAGGAGCUGGAGGUGUAUGGUGUCGACUGGGAGGCACUACGCGAGGAUCGUCUUUUGCGUGCCUACCAUCAGAACAACACCCAAACCGAUGGUGCAUCGUCAUGGAUUGGUAGGGUUGGUCCACCCGAGCGGCUGAACGAGGUCGAGGUUGAACCUCCCGAGGAGCCAGGAGUUGAUGCUUUGGACAGAGUCAUUGGUGUCCUAGCACAGGCGAUUGAGCCGUGGUCGGCUCAUGCAGAUCAAGCAAGUCUAGCAGCCUGCUGGGUGAAUGCAUUGGCAUACCUCCAGAGCCAGUAUAUGGAUAUGUUUUGA